AUUUGCGCCACUUGCCCGAUAAAAGCGAAAACCGCUCAACACUAACAAUCAGUUUACAGACAGUUUACACUAGUGUAGUGCUGGAUUAUCUUAGUGCUUUUUUAAAUAUCUCACUCGGGAUAAGAGGUUGAAAUGUGGGCGCCAUAUCUGUGCAUACAGGAGGUGAACAAUUUGGAAAGUGACCGAUUUAUUAAAAUAUUCGGAAAUAUCGUCGAACACUGUUUGGCCGCCGGUAUUGGAAUCUUGAAAAACCGUCCGUUUCAAAGCAUUGACGAUGUCGUUAAAGCCAUUGAGAGUUAUUUGGACAGCUUAAAACCCCAAGAAAAGCGAGCUAUUCUCCAACUGUACCCAGACAGUGUUAGUACCUUAGCAGGCUUCAGCAACUCCAUGCUAGAGCUCAACAUCCAUCAGAAAAUAAUCGAAACCAAGCCGCGAAAUUUGCGCUUUGAAGAGAAGAAAAGACUGAAGCAACUGAGCAAGAGCUAUAAAGAAAAGCACGGGUUUCCGUUCAUCAUUUGCUUGAAAGUGGACAAUAUUGAGGCGCUGUGCGCGCUAAUCGAAGCUAGAGUGAUGAACGAAACGCACCAGGAGAUCGAGAUAGCUUUAAAGGAAGUGAAGAAGAUUUGCAAACUACGAAUUCACGAAAUUAUUAAAUAGUUUGAGUACAAAUAUGUAUACGUUUAAGAUCUGAUUGAAGUCAGUCAUGUGAUAAAUGUUGAUCUUUCCGAGUAAAGCCUCUAAUUUAGGAAUUAAUGCAA